AUCUGACGGUAAAGUUGGAUUUACCGUUGGUUUUGACGUAAUGGUCAGUAUGUUACAUUUGAAGGUUGAUUGUAUUUUGUUAUUUACAAAAGGUUUUGGUAAUUUUUUCCAUUUAAAAGUUUUUAGACAAAACGGACUUGAAGUCGAUUUUUCUCAUCUAGACAUCGAAGUGCCUGAAGUUGCACCUAUCGAUGCUGAAAAUGAAGGUGAAGUACAAAUACAUGGUUCUGUUCGUCGUUUUAGACGUAUGGCUGGUGAACGUUAUUUUAGGAUUCCGGAUCCUGUUUCACGGAUGGCUAGACUUCAUGAAGGUUUAAAAGAUAUCACUGUUAGGCUUAUGCAUCUCGAUCCACCUAAGCAAUUUAGCAACGGUACAAGACGGGAAAAAAGAACACAAGGAGGUUGGCGAUACGCGUUGACCGGUUGGAGGAAGUUCAUGAAAGCUGCUAGAAUUAACGUCCUUGACACGGUUCACUAUUCUUUUGAUGAGAAUGAGCAGGUGUUGAGUGUUGAACGAGUUGAACCUUACGAUAGCCAUCAUUUGUUGACGAACUGUAAGCAAACAAGUAAUACUUUUCCAACAGUCGAUUACUUCUUACCUAUCAUGGAAAACGUUGAUCGGAUCACAUUGCUAAACGAUAUUGAUGUUCUUACCACAAACUACACUAUCAAGGUUAAAAUUGUUAGUUUGUGGAGGAAGAAAAUGAGGGAUAAUGAAAGGGAGACAUAUCGAAUAGAUAUGAUACUGAUGGAUGAAAAGGGUAGCAAAAUUCAAGCUUCUUGCAUGCACAAGCUAUUUUCAAAAUUUGAGAGGCAUCUUAAUGUUGAUGAAUGCCUUAUCAUUAAACGGCCAUCUCUUGCUGCGAACACAGCAUCUUUCAAGAUUGUUCCUAACAACCAGAAGCUAACUUUUUAUUAUCAUACCUUUGUCCAAAAGUGCAAUGUAUGGGACGGUCCGCAAUACGUUUUCAAUUUUGUUGAGUUUAAUGAUGUUCUUUCAAAGAAAAUAAAAGAGGGUACGACAGUAGAUUUCAUUGGGUAUGUUGGUGUUUGUUAUAACAUUGAGGAUACUAACAAGAAGGAUGGUAGCAAAGGGAAACGUCUUAAUCUUAAGCUUCAAGAUCUUGAAGAUGUUCAGAUCGAUUUAACUCUUUGGGACGAUUACGCUAAGGACAUGUAUUCUUACAUGGUUAGCGAAAAGCGUGAAGCACAUGUUGUCGUUGUUGUCCAUUUCGGUGCAGUUAAAUCAUACAAAGGCAAAUGGGGAUUUUCCAAUAACUUUGGUGGUUCAAGACUUUUCAUUAACGACAACUUUGAUGACAUGCUAUUGUUCAAGCAAAAGUUUCUUGCUAAACUUUCUGCUUCAACUGAGUCAAGUAGCCAUGCUGGGUCAUAUAUGAUGUGUUCUGUCGAAGAUGAAUUUUUAAAGAAUGAUGUUUUUUCACCACUUGCUUAUCUUCCAUCAAUCUUAGAGCCAAAGAAAGUUGUUGUUGUUGGAACUAUUGUAGCAAUCGUUUCUGAUAAGAUGUGGUAUUAUGAUGGGUGUAACUAUUGCAAGUCAAAAGUUGAGAAAAAGUUUGAAACCUAUGAUAAAGAUGAUGGAACAAGUGAUGUUAGAGAUGCGCAGUUGUAUCAAUGUUCUAACAAGGAUUGUAAUGGAAAAGAGGUUUUCCCGAUGUCCAGGUUUAAAAUACCGGUUCGCGUUCAAGAUUCAACUGGAACUGUGACGCUUACAUUAUUUGACCAUGAGGCGAUGAAGUUUGUUCGGAAAACUGCAAAGGAACUUAUUCAAAUUCAGGACGAGUUAUUGAAAACUAAUGAUUUCCCAAGAGAAUAUCCCGUUGAAUUUGAAGAGUUGCUUAAUCUAAAGUGUGCUUUUGUGAUUAAAGUAACUGACUUUAAUAUUGCAAAUGGUGUCGAGAAUUAUGGAAUAUCAGUUGUUACCACUGAUGAUGACAUCUUGGAUAAGCUCAACAAAAAAUUUAAAAUAGAUCAGAUUGAUGCUUAUGAAACUUUUGGUAUGAGUCAGUCUGAGUUGCAAACUUCUGGUGCUGAAGGUUUGAAGGAUGCCGAUUCUUACACUGGGGAUAACACCACACCUAUUUCAAAGGAUUAUGCGGUUGACUUGAAACAAUCAUCCUCUGACAUGAAGCGUAACCUUGAUGAUGUUUAUUUGAAUGAAGUUAGAUUGGCGUCCUCAGCAACUGAGCAAGCUAAAUGUAGGCGUUCGUUAAGAAAGCUAUAUAUUGAUAAUAAGAGAUCAAAUGCAGCUGCUUUUCCGGAAUAUGUUGUCAGAGCUGUAGAGGCUAAACACAGGCGCAAGUUAAGAAAAUUAUACCUUGAUAGUAAGAGAUCAAAUGUUACAAAGAAAUUCAUUUCUAGAGGUGGUACUUCAACAUCGUCAUCAUCAACACCAAUCCGGUUAAAUAACAAAGAGAAUUUUACUCCCAAUAUUUCAAACACCACCUUUCCUACCGAAUCUUCAACUGGUAUUGGGACAAGUAAUCAUUUAAAUUCGUCCUUUAAUGUAAGAUCAUCCGUUAUUACACAAUCAACUUUGAAGAAGAAAGGAAAUGUACUACACGAUCAGUUUACAACACCCAUCCGUACACCAUUUGCAAACCUAUCAAACACAAUACCAGCAUAUUCAUCUGGAGCUUUUUCAAAUCAUAAUAGAAACACAAAUGAUUUUCAUGACUCUUCUACCUCAACACGACGAAUGACGAGGUCAAACAAAGAAAACAUAACACCAACUUCGUGUGUUACAAACAUACGUUCUCAAGUUCAAAUUGAACCGCAGUUUUCUAAUGCUAUGUCUUCUUUGAAUCGUAUAUCAUCUGACAAUAUUGCAAGCUCAUCAACGUUACCAUUGAAUGAUUGCUAUUCUCUUCAUCCCAGAAUAUCCAAUAAACGUAACACAACAUUUUUGACAUCUGAAUUAAGCUCGAUAAAAAAGAUGUCUUCUGGAAAGCGUAGACUUAUUCAUAAACCAAUUGAAAUAGAACCCAUACCAUUGGCUGUUCUUGACUCUGAUGAUGAAAAUCAUGUUAACGAGGUUGUGUUAGACGCCACCAAAGGCGUUUCUAAAGAUUACGUUGACCAUGGUGACCAAUCUCUUACGUGUGGUUUAUGCUUUGCAAACUUAUGGCCAACCGAAGGUGGAAAGGGUCGCAUUACACUUCAAAAGCAAACAUAUAGCUUAUGUUGUGGAUAUGGUAAAGUUGAUUUGCCUGAAUAUAAAGAUUCUGAUCCAUCUUAUCAGAUGCUUUUUCGCUGUUUAGAUCAGGAAAGCAAAUAUUUCUUAAAGAACAUAAGACGUUACAAUUCUAUGUUUUCCUUUACUUCGAUGGGAGGAAAAGUUGAUACUAAAAUAAACAAAGGUAAUGCUCCAUUUGUUUAUAGAAUCAGUGGUCAGAAUGCACAUAGUAUGGGUAGUCUUCUUCCUAAGCAUGGAGCCCAGCCAAAAUUUUCACAGCUUUAUAUCUAUGAUACUAAGAAUGAGCUUUCUAAUAGGGAGUUGUUAUUCAGUGAUUCUUCAAGCAAAGCAUCGAUAAGGGCAAAGGAACUUGAUGUUAAGUUUAUAAAGUAUAUUACGAACAUGUUAGAUUCUACAAAUAUGUUGGUUAAAACUUACAGGAUGGUACGAGACCAUCUCCAUGACAAUCCUAAUGUUACUCUUAAACUUCGUAUAAUCUCACAGAGGGAUCGAGACGGUAGGACUUACAAUUUACCUACGUGUUCUGAAGUUGCUGCUUUGAUAGUUGAUGAACCUGAUCUCCAGAUUGAAAGCCGUGAUAUUAUUGUUGAAAUGCGUUCCGGAGAUCUUAAGCGUAUUAGCGAGUUACAUCCUUCUUAUCUUGCUCUACAGUAUCCAAUUCUUUUUCCGUAUGGAGACGAUGGAUAUAGGCUUAACAUUCCUCAUAGGGAUUUUGGUCCUAAUACAAAGAAGACAAGACCAACUUGUACUAUGAGGGAGUUCUUUGCUUAUAGAAUUCAGGAUAGGCAUAACAAGUUUUCUCUAAUUCUUAAUGCAAGAAGGUUGUUUCAGCAGUUUUUAGUCGAUGCCUACAUAAUGAUUGAAAGUGAGAGGCUAAACUACAUACGUUUUCAGCAAAUCAAACUGAGAUCUGAUUCGCUUAACAGUCUUAAAAAUGUUCAAGACGUUGGUCAGAGUGAUUUGAGUCAUACGGGACAACCUGUUAUAUUACCUUCAUCUUUUACGGGUGGUUCUCGAUACAUGAUGCAAAAUUACUUAGAUGCUAUGGCGUUAUGUCGGAAGUAUGGGUAUCCUGAUUUCUUUAUCACAAGCACAUGUAAUCCGAAAUGGCCUGAGAUUGUAAGAUUUAUUGGUGACUCUUCAAUUAAGCCUGAAGACAGACCUGACAUACUUUGUCGAUUGUUUAAGAUGAAAUUUGAUGAAUUGAUAAAAGAUAUGAAGCAAAAAAAAUUUUUUGGCGAUAUUAAUGCAGUUGUUUAUACCGUUGAGUUUCAAAAACGUGGUUUGCCACAUGCGCAUAUUUGCUUAUUUAUGAAAGCUGAUCAUAAGCUUCCUACGGUUGAACACAUCGAUCCCUUUAUAUUAGCUGAAAUUCCUGAUAAGAAUGAGGAUCCUGAAUUGUAUUCUCUUGUGAGUGACUUUAUGAUUCAUGGUCCUUGUGGAUAUGCGAACAUGAAAUGUCCAUGCAUGGUUGGGAACCGUUGUUCAAAGAAUUUUCCAAAGAGGUUUUUGGAUUCCACUUCCAUUGAUUCUGAUGGUUUUCCAGUUUAUAGGAGAAGAGAUUUUGGUCACACAGUUGUCAAGAAGGGCGUUACUUUAGACAAUAGGAGUGUAGUUCCAUACAACAAAAACCUACUUAAAAGAUAUCAGGCACACAUCAACGUGGAAUGGUGCAAUCAGGCUGGCUCAAUAAAGUAUUUGUUUAAAUACAUUAAUAAAGGACCUGAUCGAGCCACUGUUGCUGUUUUUGAUUCAGAUAGAGGCCCCGAUGAGGAAAUUCCAAAAGAUGAAAUUAAAGAGUACUACGAAGCUAGAUAUGUUUCCGCAUGUGAAGCCAGCUGGAGAAUAUUUGGCAAUGAUGUUCAUUAUCGAAUUUAUUCUGCGUCUCCAUCUCUUGGUGAGGCUUAUUACCUAAGAAUUCUUCUUACUAAGGUUAAAGGCCCACAAUCAUUUGAAGAAAUAAGAACAUAUGAUGGUGUUGUUUAUCCUACAUUUCGGGAUGCGUGUUAUGCACGUGGCCUGUUAGAUGAUGACAAUGAAUAUAUCGAGUGUAUUAAAGAAUCCAGUUUCACAGGAAACGGUCAUUAUCUUCGUUCUUUGUUUGCAACACUUCUAUUGUCUAAUACGCUAUCUAGACCUGAAGUUGUUUGGGAGAAAACGUGGGAGCUAUUGUCCGAGGACAUUUUAUACAAUAUGCGGAAAGAUUCUGGCAUGAGCGAUUUCGUUGUUUCUGAUGAACGUUUAAAGAAUAUUACGUUGUCGAAAAUCGAAAAAUUCCUUCUUCGUAAUGGAUCCAGCUUGCACAGGUUUUCACCAAUGCCUUAUCCUGAUGAUGACUAUCUGAUGUCCGAGAGCAACCGUUUGAUAAACGAUGAGCUUUCUUUUGACAUGGAUGAAGUUACGGCUGAGUUCAAUAAUCUUCACAGCUGUCUAAACGGCGAUCAAAGAGCCGUGUAUAAUGAAAUUAUGGAUGCUGUUCGGAUUGGUAAGGGUGGUGUGUUUUUUGUGUACGGUUAUGGUGGUACGGGCAAGACUUUUCUGUGGAAAACUUUAGGUGCUUCUAUUAGAUGCAAUGGACAGAUUGUUAUUAAUGUCGCUUCAAGUGGUAUUGCAUCUUUGUUGUUAUCACGCGGUCGUACUGCUCACUCGCGAUUUCAUAUUCCAAUUAAUGUCAAUGAAGAUUCGGUAUGCCAUAUAAAGCCUAAUACUGAAAUCGCGAAUCUUUUAUAUGAAGCAAAGUUGAUUAUUUGGGACGAGGCACCGAUGAUACACAAACAUGCUUUCGAGGCUCUUGAUCGUACAAUGAAGGAUGUUUUGAGUGUUUUUGAUUCACGAAAUUCAGAACUUCCAUUUGGUGGGAAAACUAUUGUAUUUGGUGGUGACUUUAGACAAAUCCUACCUGUUGUACAAAAUGGAAGCAGGCAAGAUAUCGUAAACGCCUCAUUAUGUCCAUCCCACAUCUGGUCCAGUUGCAAGGUGUUGAAAUUGACAAUCAACAUGCGUUUGUCGGUUGGAUCAAGUAGCUCAAACGUUGUGGAGAUAAACGAAUUUGGUAAAUGGCUUCUUGACAUCGGCGAAGGUAAUGUUGGUGAUUCUAUCGACGGUGAUGGAACUAUUGAAAUACCUGCUCAUCUCUUAAUAACUGAUGAGAAUGAUCCAAUUCAAGGUUUGAUUGACUUUGUAUAUCCUUCAGUUCUUCAUCGUUAUAAAGACCGUGACUACUUUUCUGAAAGAGCUAUACUCGCUCCUAAGAAUGAAGUUGUUCAUGAGAUAAAUGACCGUUUGCUUGAUUUGUUUCCCGGUGAAGAAGUAGAGUAUCUUAGCUCUGAUAGUUUAUGUCCGACUGAGGAAAUCAACGAUCCGUUACAUCAAGAUUUGUAUAAUCCAGAUGUGUUAAAUAGUGUAAAAGUAUCAGGGUUACCAAAUCAUAGAUUGGUAUUAAAAUUGGGCGUUCCGGUUAUGCCUUUGAGGAAUAUUGAUCAGCAAAACGGUUUGUGCAAUGGUACGCGUCUUCAAAUCACACGUCUUGGUAAACGUGUUAUUGAGGCAGAGAUAUUAUCAGGAAGUAAUGUUGGAUCAAGAACUUACAUCCCAAGAAUCAGCAUGAUACCAUCUGACAAGAAAAUACCCUUCAAAUUUCAAAGAAGGCAAUUUCCAAUAACCGUAUGUUUUGCGAUGACUAUUAACAAAAGUCAAGGACAAUCUCUAUCUAGAGUUGGUAUAUACCUCAGAGACCCCGUGUUCUCACAUGGUCAGCUUUAUGUUGCGUUGUCGAGGGUAAAGACUAAGGAUGGCGUUAAGGUUUUAAUAUUCGACAAAGAUGGGAGGCCAACAAAUAAAACUGCAAACGUUGUUUACAAAGAAAUAUUUGGGAAAUUGUAG